GCGGGGCCUGGACGAGCCUUGAUUGGUCGUGGUGCACGAGGGCACGGAUCGUGGUCCCGGCUGUGAGCUGCUGUGGUCGCAGGUGCAGAUUAACUCUGCUGCGAGCCGUGCACGAUGCGGAAGGUGGCUUUGAUCACCGGGGCAAGCAGUGGCAUUGGGCUAGCCCUUUGCAAACGACUGCUGGCAGAAGAUGAGGAGCUCCACCUGUGUUUGGCAUGUAGGAACCUGAGCAAAGCAAGAGCUGCUCGUGAUGCCCUGCUGGCCUCUCACCCCUCCGCCGAAGUCAGCAUUGUGCAGAUGGAUGUCAGCAGCCUGCAGUCGGUGGUCCGGGGUGCAAAGGAAGUCAAGCAAAAGUUUCAAAGACUAGACUACUUGUAUCUGAAUGCUGGAAUCAUGCCUAAUCCCCAGCUAAAUAUCAAAGCCUUUCUCUUUAGCAUCUUUUCAAGAAAUGUGGUUCAUGUGUUCUCCACAGCAGAAGGACUGUUGACCCAGAAUGACAAGGUCACUGCUGACGGGUUCCAGGAGGUGUUUGAAACCAAUCUCUUUGGCCACUUUAUCCUGAUUCGGGAAUUGGAACCUCUUCUCUGCCACACAGACAGCCCCUCUCAGCUCAUCUGGACCUCCUCUCGCAAUGCAAUGAAAUCUAACUUCAGUCUUGAGGACAUCCAGCACACCAAAGGCCAGGAACCCUACAGUUCUUCCAAAUACGCCACCGACCUCCUGAACGUGGCUUUGAACAGGAAUUUCAACCAGAAGGGUCUGUAUUCCAGUGUGAUGUGCCCAGGGGUGGUAAUGACCAACCUGACAUACGGAAUUCUGCCUCCCUUUGUGUGGACAUUGCUCCUGCCGCUGAUGUGGCUGAUUCGCUUUUUUACAAACGCUUUCACUUUGACGCCGUACAAUGGAGCCGAAGCACUGGUGUGGCUUUUUCACCAAAAACCCGAGUCUCUCAAUCCUCUGACCAAAUACCUGAGCUUCACCACAGGCUUCGGGACUAAUUACGUCAAGGGCCAAAAGAUGGACAUAGAUGAAGACACCGCUGAAAAAUUUUAUCAAAACUUACUGGACCUGGAAAAACGUGUUAGGAUCACCAUUGAAAAAUCCGAUCACCCCAGCUGAUGGCGACAUUCUCCAGAGCAUCCCAUAUCUUCUGUAAAUCCCGGCCGGGCACGUGGCUUUCCAUUGUGCAUUUGUAGUAAACCACAAGCUGUGAUGAUCUCUGCUCCCAUCUUUCAGAAUGAUCUCCAAGACUCCGUGUGUGCAUGUGUGCAGGCGUGUACACACAUGUAGAAAGGAUUGGCAAAGUAGAGGAACCAAGUCAAUCCCCUCCAGGGUAGUGUCCUUUUGGAUUUGCUAGGGGCUCUCUGCAUCCACUGUUCUACUGGCCACUGGGAGGCCAGUAGAUCAUUCUUGAGUGAUUGGGACACGGGUACAGCCUGAACCUCCUUUCAGUCCCAGCGAUGUGGGACAAGGCCACUGAGUAGUCAUUCCAGCUCCUUGUCUUUUCUCUGUGAACAUUUUCCUACUCUCUUUAUUCACUUCUUCACGUGCUGCUUCCGGAUAAUCUUAUCAGAUCAUCUGUCUGAGCGGUCCCCACGUGACUGCACACAGUGAAUCUCAGGAACCAAGUGUGAGUAUGUUUGGGCCACGUGUGUUAUUUCUUCUCUGUAAAAACAUUCUGUUUUUAUCAGGUAGUAGAGCCAACAGCCUGGUCUUUAGUAGUGUCUGCAGAUGUACUCAUGAACAUCUUAUCUUCAUGACCAUAUUUCACUGGAACUAAAAGUAUAGCAGAAAAUUAUUUAUUCGUGUUUCAAAAAAGUGUAAAAAAAUAAACAAACUGAGAAACUGCUACUAGGCCGUCCGCUGGCACCUGGAGCACAAUGGAAUAGAAGGAAACUGUUCAUUUUUAUGUGUUGGGUGAUGAGUUUUUCAAACCUUUUCUCUAAAACUUAAAGAGCUACACCUGAGCAUCCUUUGGUAUGAAUCAACAUGCUAACGAUGACUGAAUAUUUUUUUUUAUCAUAAAUAAAGCCAUCCUAUCACUUGGGAUAUAAUAAAGUCAGUAAAAUUUUGAAUAAAAGUCCAAAAGAUGAUACAUAAUUUCCCUACAGCUUGUGCUAUGAAAAUUUUCUGAUUAGAAUUUCCCUCCUUUUGCUGACCAAGAUGUUUUUGUAAAGAUAACAGGCGAGAGUGAGUCUGCACACCGCCCAACUCCCCGCAUCCUUGGGUAACGAGGGUGGAGCUUAGCAUGGGGCUGUCCUUUCUUCUUUAUCUCCUCAGAACCCCCGUUUGGAAAAGGCUGCUUCUCCCUGGUGAACUCACAUUUCUCAUGUGUAAACGGAAACCCCUUUGCCCUGUUGCUCACGGGUUUGCAGUGAAGAGGGGAUCGACGAUCUGUGUGGACCGUGGACGUCCCUCAUUGGUAGAGAAUGAUGAGGUUCAUUACAGAUCAGACACCCAGAAGGCCGAGGUCCAGAUACUGCCAUGUAAGGCACCGGCUGCCCACGGCCCUUUUGACAGGUAGUUGGUUUUGUUCGCUGAGCAUUUCCAGGAGACUGUGGAGCACUGCAGGGUGGAAUUGGGGAGUUAUGGGCCCUAGGUCUGGGUAGUCAUAAUCUAGACUGUUCUUGAGAGAGUGGAAUAGCGUGGGUUUUGGUUAUUUGUGAGUUUGGAAAAACAUGUCCUUUUCCGGGGUUGCCAACUUUGGAGCAUCAAGUUAUUCUUAGAAUUUCUGUUUGCUGGCUACGUUAGUAAUUCCCUCGAUUUUAUUCUUGAUGCUGAUAUCUUUUCAUUGUCAGCCAUGCAGGGCUUUUUCCAUUUGCUGGGGUUUUCAGAGAGCCAUGUUUCCGCCUCACUGAUUUUUUUUUUCUCCCCAGUUGCUUAUAUAUUUUCCAUAGAGAUUUUAGCUCUGCAUGUUUUAUUUAUCUCCUUUCUGCUUUCAUUGGGUUAAAAUAAACCAUUUUUCCUGUUUCUUGACAUAAAAACUUAGGUUACUUAUUUAGGAAUUUUUCUUCCUGGCUGGUGUAAGCAUUUAAUUAUAAGCAUUUACUGACAUAAACGUCCCUCGCAGCCCGGUUUAACCGCAUCCCUUGUUUGCUGACAUACUGCCUCGCUGUCAUUUCAUCCUUUUAGCCCUAGAUUAUUUUAUUAAUUUCUGUUGAGGUUUCCUUUUAUGAAUUAUUAAAAGUGUUAUUUAAUGUUUAUAUUUUUAGAUGGAACUUCACUGGGCAGAUGGCUCAGUGGUUGAGAGUACUGGCUGCUCUUCCUGAGGACACAGGUUCGAUUCCCUGCACCACACGGUGGCUCACGAACAUAGAACUCCAGUUCUGGGAGAUCCAGUGCCCUCUUCUGGCCUCCAUGUAUACCAGACAUGCAUGUGACACAUAGGCAUACAGGCAGACAAAGCACCUAUACACAUAAAAUAAUAAUUCUUUUAAAAGUUGGUACUGGCUUCCAGGUAUAGUCUGUUGGGAUUUUCUAGUCUCAUGUUGCUAUAGUCAGAAUACAUGGAGUCCUAUUUCUGUAUUAAAUUUUUUGAGCUGUAGUUAUGGUCCAGGACCUGUUCUACCUGGAGCGUUCUGUGGACUUUCCUUCACACCAUGCCUGCUCACAUCUCUUUGGAACACUGGAGUUGCUCUCUGUACGGAGUUCAUGGUUGCUUUUCUGGCAGGUGUUGUGUGGGAGGGCCACCCCGCUCCGUUGAAAACAGUGUUUCUCAUCUUUACAUCAGCUUUCGUUUCUGUUAUAAUUUUACUCUUCUAGUUCUUUCCUGUGUUCAGUCAGUUUUUCUUGUUCUGUGUCCAUUUCUGGUUUUAGUUUCAAAAUUUUGAUUCAUUUUAUUCUUAAUUAAUUUAUUUAUUUUGCAUGCUUGGGUGUAUUGAGUUCAGGGCUAUCUUCUCUCUUGUGGUUGAUUCCCUGGGCAGGAAUGCUGUGGAUAGUAGUUGUCAACAGACACUUUUAUUUAUUCGUUUUUAUUUUGUUCUUGUCACUCCUCAGUGAGGUCUUUGAUAGUUAGUUGACUCUUAAAUUUCAUCAUGUCCCUCAAGUUUUACCAUCCUUAUCAGUCUUUUGAAAAACAAAACAAAACAUUUAAUUGAGGGCUAAAAAGAUGGCUCAUCACUUAAGAGCUCUGACUGCUCUCCCAGAGGACCCAGGUUCACUUCCCAGCACACACACGGUGGCUUACAAUUUUCUCAAGUUCCAGGGGACCUAGUGUUCUCUUUUGGCCUCUGUGGGCACCAGACACACAAGUGGUGCAUAGGAAUACAUGCAGGUAAAACGCUCAUACACAUAAUAAAAAUCAAAAUCAGUCUUAAAGAAUCAAAAACCAAAAAACAUUAAUUUAGGGGAAAAGAGUAAAGUUGUGAUAAAGCUCAAAUCUGUGCAUAUUACCAAAUGCUGUCCUUCUUACCCUAAAAGCCUCCUGAUAGACAUCUAGAAGCAGGCUGCUGCCCGGCUUCCUUUUCCUGCUCCUCUCCAAGCUAGCCUGGAUGGAGUGCAGCCUCCCGUCUGACCUGUAGGAUCCUAGCCACUUUUGAGGCCUCUGCUCUGAGGGACAUAUACCAGCGUUGGAUUACUUUUGUUUUCCUUGUGUUGGUAGAGGGUGCAUUAGAAAUUACCUACUUUUGUGUCAAGCUGUGUGUUUAUGAAUCUUACCAUUUCUUGUUUGAUUUCCAACCUUUGAUUAUAAGAGGUAUUAUCCAUGUAAUAAAAAAAAGAAGCUCUUGCCUAAAAAUCAUGUAUUUAUCUAAAAUUUGUACUUGUUUCUCUUGUUUAUUGUCCUUUGACAUACCAAAGGAUCAGCUCCAAGACCAGCUGUUGUUACUCAUUGUAUUUCAAGCAUUCAAUGGCUGACAUUUACUAGGCUCUUGAUAAAUAUGUGAACAGUUGUUUGAACAAGUAUUUAUUUGAAUAAAAGUAUCAUGCUAAAACCAA